GUCUAAAUAAAAGUCAUUAAGUUUUUGUGUUUUCAAUUAAACGUAAAAUUAUGACUGGGACUAAGAAAAAAUCGGUAACUAUAAUCGAUGCUGAUGAAUCCGAGCAGAAAACAGAAUCAAAACCAUUAAAUAUUCUAACAUUAGAAAUCUUACGAUUGAUACAAGAUGCUCAGCAACAACAUGGUCUCAGGCAUGGAGAUUAUCAAAGAUACCGUGGAUAUUGUUCCAGACGUGUUCGUAGAUUACGAAAAGUUUUAAAAUUACCUCAAGGAGAUCGUAGACAUUACAAAAGAAGAGAUGUAACGAUUGCACACUUGGAAGAUUCAAAGGCCGAUGUUCGGUAUUUAGAAAUUUGUGUAAUGCUUACUGAACGUGCUUGGGCUUAUGCUAUGCAGUUGCGUCAAGAAUCCAAUACCGAGCCACGCAAACGAUUUCAUUUAAUUAAACGAUUACGCAAGGCAGCUGCUUUAUCACUGGUUUUAGAAGCUUUAACUAAUGCCGAAGCAUGUGAUGCCCGGACAAAAUUAGAAGCUCACGCUUACAAAAUGUGGAUACAUGGAACUCUCUACUUUGAAUUAGAACAGUGGAAAUCCUGCCAUGACAGUUUUUCAGUAGCUCAAAAAAUUUAUACUGAAUUAGCAGAAAGUCUACCAUACGAAGACCAAACACCAUACCGGGUAAAAUGUCAAGAAAUUUCACCAUCCUUACGUUAUUGCGCUUACAAUUUAGACGAAAGCGAUAUAAAGGAACCAGCAGAAAUUCGUAAUGUAACACCUUUAGAAGGACUAGACGCGCUAAUGCAACAAGCUAAACAACGUCGUACCGAAGAGUUAAGUGAAAUUGAAUGGCGUAAACAUAAAUUUACUGUUCGUCCAGAACGUGUUCGAUUAUUCUUAAUAAGUAUACAAAAUAUCGAUGAAUCAUUGUCAAAAGCAGAGAAUGUAGCUAAGAAAAUAUCAAUACUUGAACAAGUCAUUAUGGAUUGUAAGGAAUCCAUAAACGCUGUUCGAGAUGAAAUUAAGAGUGAUCCAAAAUUAAAAGCUGCAUCUGGUGAACCUCUUACUGGAACGCAAAUAUUAUUAAGCUAUUUAACAUAUAUUCGAUUACAACGAACUGUGGAACGAAAUAUUUGUCUCAUAGAACAAGCUACUAUUGAAGGAAAAAAGAGUAAACCACAAGAUUUUGCACGAUUUUAUGAAAUUAUUUUACAAAAUAUGAACGAAUUAUUGCAAUUAAAUGGAUUUGAAAAUGACACUAAAUAUCAAGAAGAAAUUAACCUUCAAGCUAAAUGCUUUAAAGGUUUUAGAUGCUUUUUUAUGGCGAAAACUUUGGAAGGAAUGAAAAGAUUUACAGAUGCAUUUGCUUUGUAUGAACGUUCAGCGGCUUACGCAAAUAAUGUGAAAAGUGACAAAAAAUCUACAGCUGAACAAAAGAAAAUGGUAAAUAAGUUAUUGGACGAUAUUGAUAAAAAUAAAUUUAUUGCUCAUGCACAAGGUGUACUUGAAGAAAUUAAGAAAGAAGAAGAAACAGAAGUUUUUAAGAAACCGACUAAAAAAUUCAAAAUUAAAACAUCACUUAGUGAACGUCUUGACAAUUAUGUUGAAGAUUUAAAUGUAUUAACUACCAAACCAAAUUUGGUUAAAUAUCCACCAGAAUUGAAACCGGUACCAUGUAAACCAUUAUUCUUUGAUUUAGCACAUAAUUUACUUGAAUAUCCUAACUUGGAAGAUGUUACAAGUGAAGGUGCAAAAGCAAAGAAAGAAACUGGAGGAAUAUCUGGAUUGGUUAAGGGAUUGUGGGGAUGGGGUGGAAAAUAAGUAUAACGUGUAUUUAUACAGAAUAUUAUU